UGACUGACUUGCAAGAAGAAGGCAAGAGUGCCAUCAAUUCCCCAAUGGCCCCGGCUUCGGUGGACAUCCACCCUGAAGAUACCCAGCUAGAGGAGAAUGAGGAGCGGACCAUGAUUGACCCCACCUCCAGAGAGGACCCAAAGUUCAAGGAGCUGAUCAAGGUGCUUCUGGACUGGAUCAACGACGUGCUGGCAGAGGAGCGCAUCAUCGUGAAGCAGCUGGAAGAAGACCUCUACGAUGGCCAGGUGCUUCAGAAGCUGCUGGAAAAGCUGGGACACUGCAAGCUGAAUGUGGCUGAGGUGACACAGUCUGAGACCGGGCAAAAGCAGAAGUUGCAGACAGUCCUCGAAGCCGUGCAAGACCUGCUUCGGCCCCACGGCUGGCCACUGCGCUGGAAUGUGGACUCUAUCCAUGGGAAGAACCUGGUGGCCAUUCUUCACCUCCUCGUCUCUCUGGCUAUGCACUUCAGGGCCCCCAUCCACCUUCCUGAGCAUGUCACUGUGCAGGUGGUGGUUGUUCGGAAGCGGGAAGGCCUGCUGCACUCUAGCCAUAUCUCAGAGGAACUGACCACCACCACAGAGAUGAUGAUGGGCCGAUUUGAGCGGGAUGCCUUCGACACGCUUUUCGACCAUGCACCGGACAAGCUCAACCUUGUGAAGAAGUCUCUCAUCACAUUUGUGAACAAACACCUGAAUAAGCUGAACUUGGAGGUGACUGACCUGGAGACCCAGUUUGCAGAUGGUGUGUACCUGGUUCUGCUUCUGGGCCUCCUUGAAGACUACUUCGUCCCCCUCCACAACUUCUACCUGACACCUGACAGCUUUGACCAGAAGGUGCACAAUGUGGCGUUUGCCUUUGAGCUGAUGCUUGAUGGAGGACUCAAGAAGCCCAAGGCACGCCCUGAAGAUGUGGUAAACUUGGACCUCAAAUCUACUCUGCGGGUCCUUUACACUCUGUUCACCAAGUACAAGGAUGUGGAAUGACAGCAGCUGAUCCUUCUGGGACAGUAUCUAGGCAAGAAAAAUCAGUGUAUCUGUCCACCAGGAGACACUUCUUCUGGGGAGGCCUCAGGCUUCCCAUCCCAGCUGUGCAACGCCCCUCCUCUCUAUUCCCUGCCUGGUUUGGUUGUUGUUUUAAACCCAUUUCCUUUGUGUCUCCCCAGCCACCGGCCAACCAGUUAGGCCUUUGAGAACUUGGUGCUUAAAACACCCUCUCAGGUUUGAGGCCUCACUUCCUCUUUUUCUUCAAUGAAAAUGAACAAAGCCCUAGCCUAGCCCUCAGCUGGAGAGGGCUGUCCACCUGUGCUCCAACCCACAGAGCAAUUACUGAUGGCAGGAGCACAGCAGCCCCGGCUCCAGGGACUCCGCCCCACUUGUCCUCAGGAAUCCCCUGGGCUAUGCUCUCCUUGGAAGCAGGGUCUUGUCUUAGUGAAAAAGAUCUUUGCAGUUUUUCACUCCUGUCUCAGAAGCCUUAGACUUGUGAUGUGUGUCCCUGCGCCACCCCCAUCCAUCUUGUGGUUUACUGGUCUUGACUGACCUUUUACAUAAACUCUCAGGACCCAGAAUGCCUCCGGCCCCCAGAGAAGCUACACAGGGCCUGUUUGGGUCUCUUGCUGGCUCUGAAUGUGCUGCUUGAGCCGGCUUGGAGCCAGAACCUUGCAUCUCUGAGGCCCUGUUAGGGAAUGGAUACAUUUUUAGAGACUUUACAAGGGGGUGGGUAUCCAUUACUAGGGCUGCCUGACCACAGGCUACAGGCAGCCAGGAUGACAGAGGCUGCAUCUGGCGGCUUGGAGGCUGGAAGUAGACAGAGGUGCUGGCAGGACUGAAUUCUGAGGUUUCUUUUUCACGGCUUCUCUCUAACUUCACACCAUCCCUUUUCCUCUACUAGUCUCCUCUUCCUUCUGAUGUGGAACCCAUCCCCUGUAUGACCUCACUGACCCCAUGACAGCUGCAAGGUCUCCAAAUGCAGUCUCCCUCAGAGUAGGUUUGUGGGGCAUGUCUCAGCUCGUUGGGGGGUGGGGCAUAUGAAAUGCCCACACCCUUCCUAGAACUCUGUUGGCACCCCCUGCAGCAUGUCUUAUAACAGAAAACGCUGCCGUUCACACAAGCCAUUCACCACUCAUUCUCCUUGACUCUAGAGAGGUGUUGGUGAUGCCAUAGCUGGCUGGCUUCUUGUCUCGGGAAUCCUACUUCUGUGAUUCACCCCCCUCAUGUUCCUCCUACCUCCAGCCUUCUAUACGGCCACCCUCUUCCUUGAGCCUUCAGCAUCCACGGCAGCUACUUCUCUCUCUUCUUAUUCCCACUUUGCCGUGGACCAGGGCUGUGAAGUAAGGUGCUGAUACCAAAUAGAAUGCCAGCAGUGAAGUUCCAGCAAACAGUUUAAUAUCCUCCCUUGGUUCCACUGUUGCUAAGCUGGGGAUGGGCUUGGAAUAGUUUGCUCUGAUGGAGGUGGCUUCCCAGCAGGGGAAAAAGAUAAUUAAAACGGCAUUACCGUGUCUCCCCGUGGGAAGCAGUGACAUUAAAGAGCCACACUAACAAAAUAACCAGGACUGGAACGUUCUGUGCAGCCUUCCCUACAUGCACACAACCACAGCAGCAUCUGGGAGCUGCUGGGUCCUCCUGCUCUGCUCACAGGUGGUCUUGGCAAGGGUGUCUCAUAUCCCUGGGGCAGAGAGCCUUGAUGCAAAGGGUUUGCAGAGACCUAUGGUGCUGAGGGGGGAAAGGGUUGGUCUGAAAAAGGCUGUGGUUCCUGCACAUCCCUAUCUGGAGGACAGAAGUCCCACUUGGAAUCUAAGUGGACGCCUUUGCCCUCCAGCAGGACUGGUGAAACCAGGGUUCAAUAAGGCAUGACCUUCCCUGUUGGCUGAUUGUGGAAGUGUGGUUUUGAAAUGCCAGUGAAGGGCUACCUAAUGUGGAGUUAGCACUCAUACCACAGCCUGGACAGAGGCACUGAGAACUCCUAGGCCAACUUCAGGGCCACCUGUGUAAGGCAAGGCUUUCUUCACAGAUAGCUAGUUGGUGCCCUGUUAAUUUAGGGAGAGCUAUCUCCCUCCAUGCCCUCAGGUAACCAGUGCCUCCUCCCCCAACUUUCCCAUGGCUGUCACUGGGGUCUCCCUGGAAUGCAAAUACUUCCCUUUGAGUUCCAGGAAGUUCUGGAACCUUCUACUGUUUGGAUCUACAUUUUCUCCUGAUAUUUAUUUGAAGAGAAGUCUGCCCACCAAAACUGGUAGAAAUGCCACCAUCUGUCACCCGACACUCAGAGUCACAAGAAAGGGUCAGGCAGGUCUGCACCCCCCACCCCACAUCUGCAGGCCAGGUCUGGGGUUGCUCCCCUUUGCCCUGCACCAAUUGGCACAUCUCCAGCCCGGCUGACCUGGGUGGACCAGCAGGCAGCUCUUGUUCCUCUUUAGCACCCAGUUGUGGGAGCCCUGAGCCCAGGGCCCCUGCGUCCUCAUCGACCUGACAAAACGGGAUCUUAUUUUCAAACAGCCAAAUCCUUUCCCCCUCUAUGCUGUAGCGCUUUAUUGUCUUUUUAAUUGUUCGAAGCAAAGUGUCCUUUGGAUUUCUGGAUAUUAAAUAAAAACCACUAAACCCCC